AUCAAACGCAAGUCCGCAGCAAAUCGUAGUUGGAAGAGCGCGUGUUGAAAGUGCCAAAGAUAAAUUUUCAGAACGUGGCUUUCUUCCAUAAACGGGGUCCACGUUUGCAAGAUUCUCGUCUUCUCCACGCAGUUGCAAACCCACUGUUUAUCCGUCUUAAAACCCUCUCCACUCCAGCAUUUGUGGCCUUGUCCGCCCGGCGAGAAAAAUGGCAGCAGAGAAGACUUCGAAGAAGCAAGUCAACCUAUUCUACUGUCUCGAGUGUGAAGACCUUGCUCGUAAGGUUGCUGCACAAUCUGAUCAUAUCAUUCUACAGAGUAUCAGCUGGAGGUCUUUUGCUGAUGGAUUUCCAAACAUUUACAUAAAUAAUGCAGAAGAGCUCCGAGGCCAACACGUUGCUUUUCUUGCAUCUUUCAGCUCUCCAGCACUUGUCUUUGAACAACUGUCUGUCAUAUAUGCGCUCCCUCGUCUAUUUGUUGCUUCCUUCACUUUAGUAUUACCUUUCUUUCCAACUGGGUCCUUUGAGCGUAUGGAAGAAGAAGGAGAUGUAGCAACUGCAUUCACCCUCGCAAGAAUGCUGUCAGAUAUUCCUGUAUCAAGGGGUGGCCCAACUAGUUUAGUCAUAUAUGAUAUCCAUGCUUUGCAGGAGAGGUUUUAUUUUGGAGAUGAAGUUUUGCCUUUGUUUGAAACUGGUAUCCCAUUGUUAAAGCAACGCCUGCAUCAGCUUCCUGAUGCUGAUAAUAUAGUUAUUGCAUUUCCAGAUGAUGGUGCCUGGAAGCGAUUCCACAAGCAGUUUGACAAUUUUCCCGUGUUGGUAUGUACAAAAGUUCGUGAAGGUGAUAAGAGGAUAGUGAGACUAAAGGAAGGGAACCCCUCUGGUCGUCAUGUGGUCAUUGUUGAUGAUUUGGUCCAAUCUGGAGGCACUCUCAUUGAGUGUCAGAAAGUCCUGGCAGCUCAUGGUGCAGCGAAGGUGAGCGCCUACGUCACCCAUGGCGUAUUUCCUAAACAAUCAUGGGAACGUUUCACUCAAAAAAAUGAAGACCCGGAGAAUGCAUUUGCACACUUCUGGAUCACUGAUUCUUGCCCUCUCACUGUGAAAGCUAUAGCAAAUAAAGCUCCAUUUGAAGUGUUAAGUCUGGCAGGGUCCAUUGCAAAUGCUCUGCAAAUUUGAAAGACCAAAAUCAGGGUUGAAUAAUAUUUUUAAGCUUUGUGGAGAAAGGGAUUUCUAACAGGUUUCCUUUAGCUAGUCUCUCCCAAAGCAACAACAUCCAUUUACUUCUGCUCUGCAUGAUCAUCUAAACUUUUGUAUCAGUAAAUGCAUGAAGCUGACUUCUAAUUUCUGAGUGUUAACUCUAGCAAAAGACCAAUUUUCAAAUACAGUACUAUCUCCGGUUCUAAUAA